CUCUCCAACGGACUACAGACUUGCGCUCCCCGAACUACAUCUACCAAGAGCGAAGAGGCGCGGCACAUGCGCACUGGCAGACUCCUCUGUCACCUGAUAGGCGGAUGGAAAGACUACACUUCCCACACUGCCUAGCGGCGUGCUCAUGCGCCCUGAACGUUGGGCCAUUUAAAAGUCGUCGUUAGGGGAAAUGGCCGCGCAGCUAGGUACGUUCGCUGAGGAAAAAGACAAAGCCAAGGUAGGGCGGAAGAAGAAGCGGAGGGAUAGUUCACCUUCCUCGGAGAAGAAGCGGAAAAAGAAAGAUGAGGGGAGCGCCGGGGAGGACCUGACCGAGAAGGAGGCGAAGAGGAGGAAGCUGAUCAAUGACACCCAUCACAGCUGUCACCAUCAUCACCACCACCAUCACCAUCAUCACCACCACAAGCACCUCCAGCGGCCUCCGCCCACCGCCGGCACCCCCAUCACCCAGGCACUCUUCACCCUGUCCUCCCAGCUGGAGAGGCCGAGGGACAAGGACAAGAAGAAGCACCGAAUCAAGAAGAACGGGGAGGGGGACAGCCCCCUGAAGUCUGUCAAGACAGAAAUUACAGAUGAAAAUGGUAAAUUUCAGAGACUGAUAAAAGAUGAAGAUUGCGAUGACGCUCUCCUCCUUAAAAAACUCAAGAAAAAGAAAAAGAAGAAACAUAGGGAUGACUUGCGGGGCAGGAGGUUGAAAAUGUACAACAAGGAGGUACAGACGCUUUGCGCUGGGCUUACACGCAUUAACCAAGAAGCCGUGGAUCAGUCUGAUGUAGAGGUAAACAAAGAAUCUUGUAGGUAUCUGAAGGAUGAGCAGUUAUGUCGCUCCGACUUGGGGACCGAGGAAUACAGAGUCCCCCAGGAGGUCCAGAUGCCUUUUGCAUCUCACCAAGAGCACUGCAUCCGUACCAGUACAUUAACUACUGAAUCUAGGUUCAGCAGGUUGAUGCAUGAGGAGAUUCAGUCGAAUGGCGGAGCACCGGUUUUACAUGCUUACAUGGAUGAACUUUCCUUCUUGUCUCCUGUGGAGAUGGAGAAAUUUGCGGAGGAAUUCUUGGAAAGGACUUUUGCUGAAAAUGACAAGAGUGCAGCCUACUAUGCCCUGGCCAUAGUACAUGGAGCCGCUGCAUACUUGCCAGAUUUUCUGGACUAUUUUGCUUUUAACUUUCCAAACACCCCUGUGAAAAUGGAAAUCCUAGGCAAGAAGGAUAUUGAGACAACAACAAUUGCGAACUUCCACACACAGGUCAGCAGGACAUAUUGUUGCGGCACAUAUAGAGCUGGUCCGAUGAGGCAGAUCAGUUUAGUGGGAGCUGUUGAUGAAGAGGUUGGCGACUUUUUUCCUGAGUUCCUGGACAUGUUGGAAGAGUCUCCUUUUUUAAAGAUGACUUUGCCCUGGGGAACCAUGUCUACCCUUAAGCUUCAGUGCAGAUCACAAAGUGAUGACGGCCCGAUCAUGUGGGUGAGACCAGGAGAGCAAAUGAUCCCCACAGCAGACAUGCCAAAAUCCCCCUUUAAAAGGAGAAGGUCUAUGAAUGAGAUAAAGAACCUGCAGUACUUGCCGCGCACCAGUGAGCCAAGAGAAGUCCUGUUUGAGGACCGAACAAGAGCUCAUGCUGAUCAUGUUGGUCAAGGCUUUGACUGGGAGAGUACGGCUGCAGUAGGGGUUUUGAAGGCUGUGCAGUUUGGAGAAUGGAGUGCUCAACCUCGCAUAACCAAAGAUGUGAUCUGCUUCCAUGCAGAGGACUUCUCCCAUGUUGUGCAGAGGUUACAAAUAGAUCUCCAUGAACCUCCGGUUUCCCAGUGUGUUCAGUGGGUCGAUGAGGCAAAGCUCAACCAGAUGCGUCGAGAAGGCAUCCGGUACACUCGGAUCCAGUUGUGUGAUAAUGACAUUUAUUUUAUCCCUCGCAAUGUCAUACACCAAUUUAAGACGGUGUCUGCGGUGUGCAGCUUGGCCUGGCACAUAAGGCUGAAGCAAUAUAGCACUAACAAAGAGGAAACCCAGCCUGUAGGAACAGACCACAACCCUGAUGUUAAACCUCUGGAGGAUGUUCCUACCGCAGUAAAAACUGAAACCGAGGAAACCCCUCUCACUGUACCAACACAAGGACCUUUCCCAGCACCACCCAUUCCUUCACAGAGGUUGGAAAUCCAGCCGUCACCAACACAAACUCCUAACACACAUCAGUCAGAUUUGUAGAUAAAAUAUUCUAAAGAUUAUAUAUUUUAUUUUAUUUUGUUUCUUAAACCUAUUUUUAAAACUUUUUGAUGUGAAGUUAUAGUUUUAUAACAGACUUUAUUCCUGUAAUUUCCAAAUACUCCAGUACCGGUUUCAUAAACCUUUUAUGUAAGUUUCUUUUAGCUGACAGCCAACCGGGACAGCAGAAUAUGUAAUUUAAAUAAAACUGCUGGCUAAAAAAAAAAGCAUAUAAUGCCUGAAAAAAGUAGAAUUAAGCUGUCAUGUCAGCAGAAUAUUUGUAUGGCAGGGCUAAAAAAAAAUGAUGCUUGGGGUUUAAUAAGAAGCACUUUUCUACAUAAUGUUUGUAAAUGUGACUAAUUGAUAUUGUAAAUUGGACUGUAGCCUUUUUUUUUUUUUGGUAUGCAUAUUUUCUAACCCCUUACUGGGUUAAUUGUGCAGUAUUUUUUAUCGCAAGGGUAGGGUCACAGGUGCUGCGUAUUUGGCUGCAUAUUUUCUGCAACUGAUUUUACUACCCAUUGACUUCAGUGAGUAGGAAAAUAUGCAGCAGCAAAAUACAGCACAUUUAACCCUACUCUCAAAAGGGCACAUUUGGGGGGGGGGGGGACUUACUGUUUACUGUUGCCUGCUGAACUUCACUACCUGGUAUUUGGUUCCGACUCACUGGAAAUGCUUUGCUUUCUCAUUGGGCAUUCCAAGCCAUUUCCUGUGUGCCCAGACCAGGUAACAGGAGGCAAAGUCAGUCACUCUUGCAAUGUCUGAUUUUUUUUUUUCUUUCUCAAACCAGUCUGUUCCUUUUUGAGGAAAAAUUAUUUUUUUUAUUAUACACUGCUCAAAAAAAAUAAAGGGAACACUUAAACACAAUGUAACUAAAAGUCAAUGACACUUCUGUGAAAUCACACUGUCCGCUCAGGAAGCAACACUGAUUGACAAUCAAUUUCACUUGCCGUUGUGCAAAUGGAACAGACAACAGGUGGAAAUUAUAUGCAAUUAGCAAGACGCCCCCAAUAAAGGAGUGGUUCUGCAGGUGAUGACCACAGACCACUUCUCAGUUCCUAUGCUUCCUGGCUGAUGACUGGUCACUUUUGAAUGCUGGCUGUGCUUUCACUCAAGUGGUAGCAUGAGACUGAGUCUACCAGGAUGGCACAUCAAUGCGUGCUGUGGCAAGAAGGUGUGCUGUGUCUAUCAGCAUAGUGUCCAGAGCAUGGAGGCGCUACCAGGAGACAAGCCAGUUCAUCAAGAGACGUGGAGGCGCCGUAGGAGGGCAAUAACCAAGCAGCAGGACAAAUACCUCUGCCUUUGUGCAAGGAGGCGCACUGCCAGAGCCCUGCAAAAUGACUUCCAGCAGGCCACAAAUGUGCAUGUGUCCACUAAAACGAUCAGAAACAGACUGCAUAAGGGUGGUAUGAGGGCCCGACGUCCACAGGUGAGGAUUGUGCAUACAGCCCAACACGUGCAAGACGUUUGGCAUUUGCCAGAGAACACCAAGAUUGGCAAAUUCGCCACUGGCGCCCUGUGCUAUUAACAAAUGAAAGCAGGUUUACACUGAGCACAUGUGAGAGACAUGAGAGUCUGGAGACUCUGUGGAGAACGUUCUGUUGCCUGCAACAUCCUCCAGCAUUUGGCGGUGGGUCAGUAAUGGUGUGGGGUGGAAUUUCUUUGGGGGGGGGCCACACAGCCCUCCAUGUGCUUGCCAGAGGUAGCCUGACUGCCAUUAGGUAUCAAGAUGAGAUCCUCAGACCCCUUGUGAGACCAUAUGCUCAUGUGGUUGGCCCUGGGUUCCUCCUAAUGCAAGACAAUGUUAGACCUCAUGUGGCUGGAGUGUGUCAGCAGUUCCUGCAAGAGGAAGGCAUUAAUGCUAUGGACUGGCCUGCCCGUUCCCCAGACCUGAAUCCGAUUUAGCACAUCUGGGACAUCAUGUCUCGCUCCAUCCACCAACCAGUUGUACCACAGACUUCCAGAAGUUGGUGGAUGCUUUAGUCCAAGUCUGUGAGGACUUCCCUCAGGAGACCAUCCGCCACCUCAUCAAGAGCAUGCCCAGGUCAUACGGGCACGUGGAGGCCACACACACUACUGAGCCUCAUUUUGACUUUUGUUUAAGGACAUUACAUCAAAGUUGGAUCAGCCUGUACUGUGGUUUUGAUUUUGAGUGUGACUCCAUAUCCAGACCUCCAUCUGUUGAUAAAUUUGAUUUCCAUUGAUAA